UGGUGGCGAGCAGGGGGAGGCAGCGGAGCACCAGGCAGAAGUGACUGGGAUAGCCGAGCUGCCCAGAUAAACUCCUCCUGGUCUGCAUCCUCCUGCUGCUGCUGCUGCGUGGGCUGGACUGGACAUCUCUCCCUAAGCGAGUGGCAAAGCUGCAGGCCCUUCCUCAAAAAGGUGGCUCCAGGGUCUCCUCCCCAUCCUCACCUACCUGCCACCAUCCAGCCCUUGAUCACCUCUCAGCAUCAGGAAAAGGUCCCUGCAGUCUGACAGGAAGAUGCCAGGGGGAUUGAACAUCUCUUCUGACAGCCCAGAGCUACGAGCAGCAGGGAUUAUUGUGCCCAUCAUCUUCUCCCUCAUCUUCCUUGUGGGUACUGUGGGAAAUGGGCUGGUGCUGGCUGUGCUGCUGUGGAAUGGCCAAGUCAAGUACUCCACCACCAACCUCUUCAUCCUCAACCUGGCUGUGGCUGACCUGUGCUUCAUCAUCUGCUGUGUCCCUUUCCAGGCCACCAUUUACACCCUGGAUGGGUGGCUCUUUGGGGCCUUUGCCUGCAAGGCUGUGCAUUUCCUGAUCUACCUCACCAUGUAUGCCAGCAGCUUUACCCUGGCUGCCGUUUCUGUUGACAGGUACUUGGCCAUUCGCUAUCCCCUGAAGUCCCGGGAUCUCCGCACAUCCCGAAAUGCAGGAGUGGCCAUUGUGGUGAUCUGGUCACUGUCGAUGCUCUUCGCAGGGCCUUACCUCAGUUACUACCAGAUAAUCCAUUACCAUGGUGUGCCCAUCUGUGUCCCCAUCUGGGAGGACCAGCGCAGAAAGGUUCUGGACAUCCUCACAUUUGUCUUUGGGUACCUGCUGCCUGUGACCGUGGUGAGCCUGGCAUACUCUAGGACCAUCAAGUUCUUGUGGACUUCUGUAGACCCCAUAGAAAGAAUCUCAGAGUCUCGGAAAGCCAAGCGUAAGGUCACCAAGAUGAUUGUCACAGUGGCCAUCCUGUUCUGCCUCUGCUGGCUGCCCCACCACCUGGUCAUCCUCUGCUUCUGGUUUGGCCACUUUCCCUUCAACCGGGCCACUUAUGCUUUCCGCCUGGCUUCCCACUGCCUCUCCUACACCAACUCCUGCCUCAAUCCCGUUGUCUACGCCCUCAUCUCCAAGCAUUUCCGCAAGCGUUUCAAGCAGGUCUUCACCUGCCUCUUCUUCCAGAACAAGAUCAGGAAAAAGAAGAAGAGGAGAGUUGGAAGGAAAGUCCAUAUGGUCAAUGUGGAAGGAGGUUUUGCCAACAGGACAGGAGAUUUCUAUGGAGGCAACACUGAGGUGACCCAAGCCCCAGAAGAGAACACCAGGAAGAGGGACCAUGAGGGUGCCGGUCGUGCCAGAGCAUGGACUUGGCAGGUGCAAGAUGCCAUGGUCUCUGUUCAGAAGGAGCUACUGGAGGAGGAAAUUUUGGCAACAGCUAGCCAUUCCCUAGAUGUGACCCCUCUAAGAGGAACUGCUGGACAAGACCAAGAAGAAGCCCUAGAAAAGGGCUAGAGAGGCAAGAAAGAAGUCUCUAUUUGCAUCACAUUUUCUGACCACAUCACAGUGGUUUUGCUUUCCUCUAGGAUCAUCAUGCCCACGCCUUAUCCCCACUGAGAUGGUUUUAUGUUGGCAGUAAGAGAUGAGCUUACACAUUCAGACCCAUUAAGUCUGAGUUCAAGUCCCCCAGAACUCCUCAAAC